UUCAGCAACUCUACAGUGACUCGGGUUGUGGCUUGCACAUGCGCUCUAUCUAACAACCCGUGUAUCGAAUCGAACGGACCGGAAGAGGGUAGAGCGAAAACAACAUGGCGGACAGAAACAUGGUCAUGAGCUUACUACCGGUAAUUAUUGAUGAUAUCAUGGACAUAGAAGAAGAACUAUCAAUUAUGGAUGAAGAAGAGAUCGAAGAACUCGUGUUGGUCAAUGUUGGAAGUACAAACCGCAGAAUUAUCCCAAAAGUUAUUGGGUUUGCAGAGGAAGUGAUACCCCAAUACACGGAGAUAGACUUCCGACGUGACUUUCGUGUUUGUAAGAAUACUUUUGAAAGACUUAUUGCUGAGCUUACGCCUGCUAUUGAAUACACAAUACGGGAAAGUGGAAAGGAAGGACUUCCGGUAAGGAAACAACUGCUAGUGUAUUUGUGGUACAUAAGCAAUCAGGACAGUAUUAGAGAAAUUAGCCGUUUGUUUGGUGUGUCAACAUCAACCGUCCACAGAUGUAUUCGACGAGUUUCAAAGGCAUUGUGCAGCAUGCGCCAGCAUAUCAUUAGGUGGCCAGGUUUUGGCACCCAAGGCCUAAUAUCUGAAGCUAUAUCUGAGCGUGUUGGUCUUCCUAACGUCGUGGGUUUUAUCGAUGGGACACAUAUUCGUUUAAGUCAGAUUCCCAAUGGCGAUACCGAUUACAUCAACCGCAAAGGAUAUCCAUCUAUUGUACUGCAGCUGGUUGUAGAUGAUCAACUUCUCAUCACAGACUGUUAUGUUGGAUGGCCUGGUUCAACACAUGAUGCCAGAGUGUAUCACAAUUCACCGUUGCAUGACAAACUAGUGAGAAGGGAUAUUCUUGGACAAGACAACUUUAUCAUAGGUGAUGGAGCUUAUCCACUUUCAACAUCAUUGAUGACACCCUUUAGGGACACUGGAAGAUUGACACAGCCACAGAAGCGAUAUAAUCGCAUAGUUUCAUCUGUACGGCAAAGUGUUGAGAGAGCAAUUGGCCAUUUGAAGAGCAGGUUCAGAAGGCUCAGAGAUGUGUACUGCAGCGACGUAGCUAGUGUAUGCGACCUGAUCAUGUCAGCCUGUGUUUUGCACAAUCUUUGCAUCCUUUGUGAUGAUGGAGUGAAUGAUUAUUUUGAGGAUCCAGUCAUUAACAACGUUGUGAAUAAUUACCCAGCUGUGUAUAGAGACACAGCUGCUGGUGUGGCAAAAAGAAAUAACCUUGUUGAUUUGUUAUCUGGACAAGAGUGAAUGUUUAAUUCAAUACAUCCAAGAAACUUCAUACUCAACUGAGAUAGAACCAAUUAUGCUACAUUCUGUUUCAGAUUUAAUAUGUGAAAAUAAAGCAUUACUGAAAUCUGUGAAACAUA